UGCAGCCUAAAAUCAAACCUGCUCAUGCACCAUGGUUUUUCAAACUCGGUACCCUUCGUGGAUUAUUUUGUGCUACAUCUGGCUGCUCGGCUUUGCACACACGGGGGAGGCGCAGGCUGCGAAGGAAGUACUCUUACUGGACUCUAAAGCACAGCAAACAGAAUUGGAAUGGAUUUCCUCUCCACCCAGUGGGUGGGAAGAAAUUAGUGGUUUGGAUGAGAACUACACUCCGAUAAGAACGUACCAGGUGUGCCAGGUCAUGGAGCCCAACCAGAACAACUGGCUGCGGACUAACUGGAUUUCUAAAGGCAACGCACAAAGGAUUUUUGUAGAAUUGAAAUUCACCUUGAGGGAUUGUAAUAGUCUUCCCGGAGUACUGGGGACUUGCAAGGAAACCUUUAAUUUGUACUAUUAUGAAACAGACUACGACACCGGCAGGAAUAUCAGAGAAAACCUUUACGUAAAAAUAGACACCAUUGCUGCAGAUGAAAGUUUUACACAGGGUGACCUUGGUGAAAGAAAGAUGAAGCUGAACACUGAGGUGAGAGAGAUUGGACCUUUGUCCAAAAAGGGAUUCUAUCUUGCCUUUCAGGAUGUAGGGGCUUGCAUAGCAUUGGUAUCUGUCAAAGUAUACUACAAGAAGUGCUGGUCCAUUAUUGAGAACUUAGCUGUCUUUCCAGAUACAGUGACUGGUUCAGAAUUUUCCUCCUUAGUUGAGGUUCGUGGGACAUGUGUCAGCAGUGCCGAGGAAGAGGCAGAAAAUUCACCCAGGAUGCAUUGCAGCGCGGAAGGAGAGUGGUUAGUACCCAUUGGAAAAUGUAUCUGCAAAGCAGGCUAUCAGCAAAAAGGGGACACGUGUGAACCCUGUGGCCGCAGGUUCUACAAAUCUUCGUCCCAAGAUCUUCAGUGUUCCCGUUGUCCAACCCACAGUUUCUCUGACCGGGAAGGCUCCUCGAGAUGCGAAUGUGAAGAUGGGUACUACAGAGCUCCUUCGGACCCGCCCUAUGUCGCAUGCACGAGCCCCCCCUCUGCACCACAGAACCUUAUUUUCAACAUCAAUCAAACCACUGUAAGUCUGGAAUGGAGUCCUCCAGCAGACAACGGGGGAAGGAAUGAUGUCACCUACAGAAUAUUGUGUAAGCGGUGCAGUUGGGAGCAAGGCGAAUGUGUUCCAUGUGGAAGUAACAUUGGAUACAUGCCCCAGCAGACGGGAUUGGAGGAUAACUAUGUCACUGUCAUGGACCUGCUUGCCCAUGCAAAUUACACUUUCGAAGUCGAAGCUGUGAAUGGAGUUUCUGACUUAAGCCGAUCGCAGAGGCUCUUUGCAGCUGUUAGUGUCACCACUGGUCAAGCAGCUCCCUCGCAAGUGAGUGGAGUAAUGAAGGAGCGGGUGCUGCAGCGGAGUGUGGAGCUUUCCUGGCAGGAACCAGAGCAUCCCAAUGGAGUCAUCACCGAAUAUGAAAUCAAGUAUUACGAGAAAGAUCAAAGAGAAAGGACCUAUUCAACACUGAAAACCAAGUCCACCUCAGCCUCCAUUAAUAAUUUGAAGCCGGGAACAGUGUAUGUUUUUCAGAUCCGGGCUUUCACCGCUGCAGGUUAUGGAAAUUACAGCCCCAGACUUGAUGUUGCCACACUAGAGGAAGCCACAGGUAAAAUGUUUGAAGCAACAGCAGUCUCCAGCGAGCAGAAUCCUGUUAUCAUAAUCGCUGUGGUGGCUGUAGCAGGGACCAUCAUCUUGGUGUUCAUGGUGUUCGGCUUCAUCAUUGGAAGAAGGCACUGUGGUUAUAGCAAGGCUGACCAAGAAGGGGAUGAAGAACUCUACUUUCAUUUUAAAUUUCCAGGCACCAAAACCUACAUUGACCCUGAAACCUAUGAGGACCCAAAUAGAGCUGUCCAUCAAUUCGCCAAGGAGCUAGAUGCCUCCUGUAUUAAAAUUGAGCGUGUGAUUGGUGCAGGAGAAUUUGGAGAAGUCUGCAGUGGUCGUUUGAAACUUCCCGGGAAAAGAGAUGUUGCCGUGGCCAUAAAAACCCUGAAAGCUGGUUACACAGAAAAACAAAGAAGGGACUUUUUAUGCGAAGCCAGCAUCAUGGGGCAGUUUGACCACCCAAAUGUCGUCCAUUUGGAAGGGGUUGUUACAAGAGGGAAGCCUGUCAUGAUUGUGAUCGAAUUCAUGGAAAAUGGAGCCCUGGAUGCAUUUCUCAGGAAACAUGAUGGGCAAUUCACAGUCAUUCAGUUAGUAGGAAUGCUGAGAGGAAUCGCGGCUGGAAUGAGAUAUUUGGCCGAUAUGGGAUAUGUUCACAGGGACCUUGCAGCUCGCAACAUUCUUGUCAACAGCAAUCUUGUUUGUAAAGUGUCCGAUUUUGGCCUGUCCCGGGUUAUAGAGGAUGAUCCUGAAGCUGUCUAUACAACUACUGGAGGAAAAAUUCCGGUAAGGUGGACUGCACCUGAAGCCAUUCAAUAUCGGAAAUUCACCUCAGCCAGUGAUGUGUGGAGCUAUGGGAUUGUGAUGUGGGAAGUAAUGUCUUAUGGAGAACGACCUUAUUGGGACAUGUCGAAUCAAGAUGUCAUAAAAGCAAUAGAAGAGGGUUAUCGUUUACCAGCGCCCAUGGACUGCCCAGCUGGACUUCACCAGCUAAUGCUGGAUUGUUGGCAGAAAGAACGGGCAGAAAGGCCAAAGUUUGAACAGAUAGUCGGAAUACUAGACAAAAUGAUUCGAAACCCAAGUAGUCUGAAAACGCCCCUGGGGACUUGUAGUAGGCCCAUAAGCCCCCUUCUGGAUCAGAGCACUCCGGACUUCACUGCCUUCUGUUCGGUUGGAGAAUGGCUGCAAGCUAUUAAGAUGGAAAGGUAUAAGGAUAACUUCACAGCAGCCGGUUAUAACUCACUGGAGUCAGUGACCAGGAUGACUAUUGAUGAUGUGAUGAGUUUAGGGAUCACACUGGUUGGCCAUCAAAAGAAGAUCAUGAGCAGCAUCCAGACUAUGCGAGCGCAAAUGCUGCAUUUACAUGGAACAGGCAUCCAAGUGUGACAUGCAGUUCUCCCUCGUGUGGAGCUUAAGACUGCAGGAGAACUGUUCUGGCCUUCAGUAUAUGCAUAGAAUGCUGCUAGAAGACAGUUGAUAUACUGAGUCCUUCCUACAAUAAAGAGAAGAUUUUAGAAGCACCUACAGACUUGAACUCCUAAGUGCCACCAGAGUAUACAAAAAGGGAAUUUAGGAUCCACCACUGGUGGCCAGGAACACAGCAGUGACAAUAAACAAAGUACUACCUGAAAAA